ACUACUGAGGAAGAUCAGCUCAAAGAUAGGCUGGAGCAGUUGAGAUGCCAUUUUACAUGGAAGUUGCAAAUUCAAGAUGCUGAAAUGACUGAUUUAGAAAACAGGGUCUUUGAUGAAAUUGAGUUCCUAGACACAGAAUGUAGUGUGGUGAUGCACAACCUACUGGCCUAUGUGAAACACCUGGAAGGCCAGAAUAAGGAAGCCCUGCAGAGCUUGAAACAAGCUGAAGACUUAAUCCAGACAGAACAGGAUGGCCAAGCACACGUGAGAAGACUGGUUACCUGGGGCAACUAUGCCUGGUUGUGUUACCACUUGGGCCGACUGGAGGAAGCCCAGAUGUAUUUGGACAAGGUGGAAAGCACUUGCAAGGAGUUUGCCAGCCUCUCCUGCUACACAGUGGACAGUCCAUACAUGGACUGUGAGGAAGGAUGGGCCUUGCUGAAGUGUGGAGGAAAGAACUACGAACGGGCUAAAGCCUGCUUUGAAAAGGCUCUGGAAGUGGACCCUGAACACCCAGAAUUCAACACUGGGUAUGCAAUUGCUGUCUCUCGUCUGGAUGGCUUCAUCAAAGUGUCACAUUCUGGUCAGGCAUUUUGUCUGCAACCCCUCAAACGGGCCAUCGAGCUAAAUCCAGAGGAUGCAUAUAUGAAAGCACUCCUUGCUGUGAAGCUUCAGGACAUUGGACAAGAAGCUGAGGGAGAGAAGUACAUUGAAGAAGCACUGACCAGCAUGUCUUCUCAAACCUAUGUCUAUCGAUAUGCAGCCAAGUUUUACCGAAGAAAAGGCUCUGUAGAUAAAGCUCUUCACUUCUUAAAAAUGGCUUUGGAGAAAACACCCUCCUCUGCCUUCCUGCAUCACCAGGUAGGGCUUUGCUACAAGGCACAAAUGAUUGAAAUGAAGGAAGGUAACACUUGGAAGCACAGAGGAAGGGAUGAAGAAAAUUUCCACAGAUUAGUUCAGAAGGCUAUCUGUGAAUUUGAAAAGGCUUUGGAGUUAAGGCCCGGAUUUCACAUGGUAUAUAUCGACCUGGCUGAGAUGUAUGCAGAAAUGGGCCACCACAGAAAGGCUGAGGAUAUUUUUCAGAAGCUGUUGAGCAUGGGGAUCUUUCAUGAUCAUCUACACCAAAAUAUUCAUUUCCGCUAUGGCCGAUUUCAAGAAUUUCACGUGAAAUCUGAAGUCAAUGCAGUUAUCCAUUAUUUAAAAGCAAUAAACAAAGGAAACUCAUCAUUUGUAAGGAAUAAGAGUCUCAAUGCUUUGGAGAAAUUGGUUUUAAGGAAACUUCGAAGAAAUGGAGCAGACAUAGAAAACUUGAGCAUCCUCGGGUUUGUCUACAAAUUGAAAGGAGAAAUGCAUGAAGCCCUGGAGUGGUACGAGCGGGCCCUGAGGCUGGCUGCUGGCUCUGAGAACUCUGUGGGACCUGUUCCUUAGACUCUGAAAUACACACUGCUUUCACAUUCCGUCUGAUUUGAGCUCAACAUGCGCUAACCAUCUUCUCUGUGUGCUACCUUCAGAGACAUGUAUUUUAUUUCACCCCCAUCCAGCAGGAAAGCAUGUCUAUGAAAUCUUCUGUAAGGCAAAAUGCCCUAAAUCAAACAGGCAAUUACCUUAGGAGAUAUUUUGCAAAUGUGAUGGAGCUGAAGCACAGAGGCUCACAGACAACUCACAGCUGUGGCAGUUUCAAGCUGAGCUGCGGAGUGUAGCUCCUGGGGAAGGAGCUCAGUGGCUGGGGUAGGGCGCAGCCUCUAGAGAGGCUCUGUGCAAAAUAAACAAUGAGCAUUAUUCUUUUUGCCCUUUUUCACAAAGGUGAAAACUCUCUUGGAAACUUUCAAUUUGCAAACAAGUACUAAUGUAUGUGUGUUGUAAAAGCAAAUGGUGUGAAGCAAAGUUUUGAAAAGGGAGCACACCUGGAGCUGCUUCUCUUCCAAGGAAGGCAUCACUUGGAAGAGGCACUGGGUCAUCCAGGACUUGAUGCUGCUCCUGGGGUACACUGGCAGGUGUGCUGAUGGAUAUCCUGGGAGGCCUUGGGGUUCUCAAGCUGUCAAUCA